UUCAUUCAAACAGAGACACACAAAGGACGGAAAGGGGUGGGGGAACAAACUCGGUGUCUCUUGUUUUUUUUUUUUUUUUUUCAUCAUCAAAAAACAUAACAUGCACGACGGCGUUUUUUCAAUAUGGGGGGGUUGGGGGAGGGAAGGGGAGGAUGUAUAUAUAUCGAGCAAAACGGGUUUUCACGGUCGUUUAACGGAUCAUACACUUUACACUCACACAUACUGACAUACAUGCAACCACGCUUCUCUCUUUUUUUCCUUUGUCAUUCCUUUUUUUUUUCUCUCUCCCUUCUGCUUCUGUCGUUACUUGCAUGUUAUUACUAUACACACACGUACCCACGCAUACACUCAAAACACCAUCUCGUUACAAAUUACAGCUAACAAGUACAUUACAUUACCAGCACAGCACAGCACAGCACAGUACAUUAAUUCCAGUCCUUUCUUUUUUUCUUUUCUUUUUUUCUUUUUUGGCCCCCUUACAACAGCGA